CAACGAAAUACAUGAUGGUAUUCUUUCCCGUGACGCGGCUUGGGCUUGAGUCUCCUUGAGUUGGAUUCCAGUGAGUCGUCUUUAAAAUCAUGCGUUUAGCAGUUCAGGAGCCAGAAACCCAUCUCUCGUCUUGUAUAUCGCGGACUUGAAACAAGAAUAAACAGCUCAAGUGUGGUUGAAAAGCUGAAUUCAUUGAGCAAAACAACCACUCCAUUUGGUAAAUAAUGCUGCUUCAGGGAAAAUGUUCCCCGAAUACAAGGUUUCUACGGUUGAAAUUCACCUCGACGCCUGAUGGGGCGCGUGGUCCCGCUCCCCCAUACAUGCCCGUUGCACCUUUCCCUGGUGUUUGUGCUGGAUCAUCAAUUUCUGUUUCGGGAGCUGCAAAUCCUUGCGAUCUACCAAUAAUGAACAUGCACCAGCAUCAUGAGCCUGAGCUCACAACGGGUUCUAAUUCCUCUCUACCUCAAACACGAACUAUUUUGGUCAAUCAAAAAUGCAUCGCGAAAAACUUCCAACACCGCUACGUCAAGGGCGGGAUAACGAACGACCUGGUUUUUAAGCCCGCGAUUAAUGAACACGGUCAACCAAACGGAAAAUAUGUGUGUUCUAGGGAUGGCGCGGUAAUCUAUCCGGAAAGUUACCGCAAGCACCUCAAAACCACAACGCACCUAGGCUUCAAAGCAGAGAGAUUCAAAUGCCCUGGUUGUUCCAAAACGUAUACGAGACGUGACGCCUUCAAGAGGCACUCCAACAGCGGAAAGUGUGAACAGUCCCCAUACCCCAUUUUCGCCCCGUCGAUAUCCCAGAACAUGCAGAUCGCGCCCCCAGCAACUUGUGUUGCGCAGGCGUUCGGAACGCCUAGUUUCAUGAAUCCUGUAAUUCUCUCUGGAUCGUCAGAAAAUGACAAGGUCACACAGUCCAUCGAAGAGGACGAAGGCGAGAAAGAGGAUGACUCGGAUUUUUGGGAUGCUAAUGAGAUCAAGGACGUCUAUGAGAUGUAGCCAUAUUUUACUUCUUCAUUCAUGAACGUAUUGUCCCUUCACUGACUGCACACAUUGUUCAUUUGUUCACACUAUUACGGUCGCUAUUGUCGCUAUCG